AUGAAGGUUCAUAUUUUUGGGGCAGCAUCAUUUCCUGGAGUAGCAAAUUAUGCCUUAAAAAAGGCUGCAGAUGUGUAUGAAAGCAAGUAUGGAUCUGAUGCAGCAGACUUUGUGAGAAACCAUUUUUAUGUAGAUGGCUUAAUAUCGGUGUCCACAGUUGAGGAAGGUGUUAGUCUCGCUAAGCGAACAAUAGAGCUGUGCAAGAAUGCAGGAUUUCGCUUGCAUAAAUUUGUGGCAAACAAUGAAGAGGUGUUAAAAUCGUUGCCAAGCAGUUCAGUGGCUGAUGGAUGCAAACAGUGGAGCACACUUCCUACAGAACGAACCCUGGGUAUACUCUGGGGUGCUGGUUCAGAUGCCUUGCAAUUUAGUUCCUGUGUUCGAGAACGCCCUUCCACUCGUAGAGGUGUCUUAUCUAUGGUGAGCUCAAUUUUUGACCCUCUAGGGUUUCUUUCACCAUAUGUUUUGAAUGGCAAAAAGAUACUGCAACAUCUGUGUACCAAUGAAUCUGAUUGGGAUCAACCAAUUCCAACAAGUGUCGAGCAGAAGUGGAAGCAGUGGAAAGAUCAAAUUAAAUAUCUAAAUAAUGUCCGGAUUGAUAGGUGUUACAAGCCAAACCUAAAGGAACCAUUGUCCAUUAAGUCUGCUGAACUGCAUCAUUUUUGUGACGCAAGUGUGGAUGGGUAUGGUGAAUAUUCAUAUUUGAGACUUGUUGACAAUAAUAACUGUGUGAAAUGCUCCUUAGUGAUUAGUAAAGCCAGAGUGGGGCCCAGGAAACCAACAACAAUCCCUAGAAUGGAACUUGUUGCUGCUACAGUGUCAGUCAAGAUCGCUACAAUUUUGAGAAGAGAACUGAGUUGCUACAAGAACUUAAAGGAACAUUUUUGGACCGACAGUAAGGUCGUUUUAGGCUACAUAGUUAAUGAUGCUAAGCGCUUCCAUACCUUUGUAGCAAACAGGGUCCAGCUAAUACGUAAUAGCAGUGAAUUAAGACAGUGGCAUUACAUUAGCACCAAAUAUAACCCUGCUGACAUUGCUUCCCGUGGCAUGGAAGUUGAAAAACUAAUAACAUCAGAAAUAUGGUGGAAUGGUCCUAAGUUCUUAUCUGACCCUGUUUACAUGGUAAAAGAGGUGAAUGGGCUUCCAAUUUCCAAUGAAGAUAAAGAAGUCAGAAGAGUUAAUGUUUUUGCUAUGCAAUUGACCCCAGUAGUUCCAGAAUAUAUAACGACUGUCCUUCAGAAAUUGUCAAGUUGGAACAAAGCCAAGAGAAUAUUUGCGCUGUGCCUCAUCUUCAUUUGUAAGUUGAAGGGUGGUAAGCGUUCAGGCAAUAUUAUGGUUGAAGAUAUGAGUCAAGCUGAGAAGUUGCUGAUAAGGGCAGCUCAGCAGAGUGAGUAUCCAAAUUGGACCAAGUUGGCCAAGCUAGACCCAGUGAAGGAUGAAGAUGGUCUGCUGAAGGUUGGUGGGCGCCUGAGGAAGUCGGAUCUUUCUAUAAAUCUUAAACAUCCUGUAAUCCUGCCUGCCAAAUGUGAAGUUACCAGGUUGCUGGUCAAUCAUUAUCAUCAAAAGGUUCACCAUCAAGGGCGUGGCAUAACGCACAACAGUAUAAGGUCAGCUGGCUUUUGGAUAGUGGGUGGUAUGUCGCAGUAUCAAGAUGGAUAUACGGAUGUACAAAGUGUCGUAGAAUGCGAAGACAACCUAGUUGUCAAAAGAUGGCUGAUCUCCCAGAAGACAGACUACAUCCAGCUCCUCCAUUCUGCUACUGUGGAGUUGAUUAUUUUGGCUCUUGGAUCGUGA